AUGGCACUUCCUCUGGCUCAUAGCCAGUGUCAUGAUGCUGAAAAUUCCGUGCCGGAGCUCCGUCCAACCAUUGCCUUACCGGUGGCAGCGAGGAGGUGGAAAAAUGGAGAAAACCCUACGGCUGUGCUCAUCGCUCCGGCCGACACCACCAAGCCAGUUUCUUUAGGAUUUGGAUCAACCUACGUUAUGGAUGAUCCGAUAACUGUCAGCCCGGAUCCGAGUUCAGAAAUCAUCGGCCGAGCUCAAGGCACCUUCAGUUUUGCAAGCUUAGGUGAUCCGGCGCUUGCUAUGGCUAUAACUAUGACAUUUACUACAGGACCAUAUAAUGGUAGUACCCUUACUAUUUUGGGUAAUAACCCUAUAACCCAUGCUUAUCGACAAAUGCCAAUAUUAGGGGGUACCGGAGCGUUUCAAUUGGCUCAAGGAAUUGCUACUGUCAAUACUGUUACAGUGGAUAUUGCUAAACUAAACGAUAUUCUUGAGUACCAUGUGGUCAUCCUACAUUACUACUAG